AUGAAAAAUGAAAAUCAAAUUUUAGUUGUAGCAUUUGAUCUUCAGCAAUGUUUACCAACCCCGUGGCUUGAAACUUCAAUCGCGUUUUAUAAAAGACAACUGUGGACAUUUAACCUUACUGUCCAUAAUAUGAAAAAUGGUCAAGCAACAUGCUAUGUUUGGGAUGAGUCAAAGUCUAAAAGAGGUGCAAAUGAAAUAGGAUCAAACAUAUUUCAUUAUUUAAUAAACCUACCAUCUGAAAUCACACAUGUGAUUCUAUACAGCUUGGAUUCUUGUCCUGGACAAAAUAAAAAUAGCAUAUUUUUAGCUAUGUUUAUAUUUGCAUUAUACCAUUCAAAUUCCAUUCAAGUCUUAGAACACAAAUUUUUAGUCCCUGGUCACACCCGCAUGGAGUGUGACUCAGAUCAUGCUCAAAUUGAAAAAGAAAGGAGUACUUUGAUUCACCUAUUUAUCAUCCCCAUGAUUGGGCUCAGCUCAUAA